UUGAGAGGGAUGAGAAAAUUUUAUAAGAACACUAGAUAUUUGAAUUCUUUAAAAUUUUCAUUAAAAAUAAUGACCUUCUAAAACUGGACAGUUGGCAAGUCAAAAUCAGUUCAAUGAACGUUUGGUUGGCCAACAUAGAUCGAGAGGAAUGAGCAGAGAAGCUUCCCUGCUUAUCUAGUAUGACCCGGCUCUCAGCUUCUUCUAAGUCUUACAUCAUGUUUUGGAAUAUCAGGUAAAAUCCCAGAAAUAUAAUUUUAAUUUUCAAAGGAAAGAAGUUUAACUACCCUCUCCUACGGAUAAUGCUAGAGCUCUCUAUUAUAGCAAACUAGGAACAAGUCCAAGAAACCCCAGAUACAGAAUUUAAAAGAUAAACUCUGUUUUUGCCCAUGGAUGACCUUGUUUUAUGUUCCCUAGGGCUUUCUUUGUUACUUCUUGCACUCUAUGGGGUUGGGAGAGUUUCCUACCCCAUUUGGUGGAAACCCAAGUGGCUAGCCAGGAAGUUGAGGCAACAGGGGAUAAGAGGCACACCCUACAAGCUCUGGGUUGGGGACAUGAAGGAGCACGUAAGGCUGAUAACUGAGGCUUGGUCCAAACCCAUUAAUCUCACCCAUCAAAUUGCGCAACGUGUUGAUCCCUUGACUCUGAAUACUGUUAGGAAAUAUGGGAAGAUAUCAAUGUAUUGGUAUGGGACAACACCGAGGUUGAUCAUUUCUGAUCCGGAACUAAUGAGAGAAGUGCUGUCUAAUAAGCUAGGUAACUUUGAGAAGCCACCAUUAAACCCGCUUGUUCCCUCGAUUGCUAAAGGGGUAACAGAAUUACAGGGGGAGAAGUGGGUUGAACACAGAAGAGUGAUCAAUCCUGCUUUCCAAUUAGAGAAACUUAAGGGGAUGAUACCAGUAUUCUCACUCAGUUGCAACAGGAUGAUAGAACAUUGGCAGGAGAUGGUCAAUGAUCAAGAAACUUGUGAAGUGGAUGUCUGGCCAGAGCUUCAGAAAAUAGCUAUGGAUAUCAUUUCACGGGUUGCAUUUGGAAGUAAUUAUGAAGAAGGAAAGAAGAUAUUUAAACUUCUGCAAGAGUCGCUGACGCUGACUUUUGAAGCUAUGCAGAUGGUGUAUAUUCCUGGUUUCAGAUUUGUUCCGACAAAGAAGAAUCGGAGGAGAUACAAAUUGGUCGCAGAGACCACAUCAAUGCUGAGAGAUUUAGUUGAGAGGAAACAGAAUGCUAUGAGAACUGGACAAUCAAGGGUUGAUGACUUGCUAAGCUUACUCUUGCAAUCUAAUGAACAGAACAUUCUUGGAAAUGCAAGUGGCAAAAAAGUUAAUGGGUUGACAAUUGAAGAGGUAAUAGAGGAAUGCAAGGUUUUCUAUCUCGCUGGCCAAGAAACAACCUCUAGCCUGUUGACAUGGACAAUGAUAGUCUUAUCUAUGCACCCAGACUGGCAAGAAAAGGCAAGGGAAGAAGUUCUACAAGUUUGUGGGAAGAGUGAACCUGAUUUUGAAGCUUUGAGUCAUCUCAAAGUUGUAACCAUGAUCCUGAAUGAAGUCCUAAGGCUAUAUCCACCAGGAAUUGCUCAACAUAGACAUACCUACAAGGAAGGCAAGAUAGGAGACAUGACCAUUCCAGCAGGAAUUGACCUUGUGCUAACCACAAUGCUCCUUCACCGUGAUCCUGAGUUAUGGGGUGAUGAUGCUGAAGAAUUCAGACCAGAGAGAUUCUCCGAAGGAAUUUCAAAGGCAUCUAAAAAUCAUUUAGCAUUCGUCCCUUUUGGUGGGGGUCAAAGAACCUGUAUUGGCCAAAACUUUGCCAUGUUAGAAGCGAAGACAGUUUUGGCUAGAAUUCUACAGCAUUUCUCUUUUGAGCUUUCACCUUCCUACGCGCAUGCUCCUUAUGCUUUUCCGUUGCUGCAGCCACAGCAUGGAGCUCAAAUCAUAAUACACCAAAUAUGAGUUAUAAGCUUUCUCACAAACAUAAUGAUUUGCAUCUCGUGAACAAUGUCUUCUUUGCAGAAAGUUAAUUUUCUCGCGUGUCAGAUUGCUGCCGUAGAGUUGUAAUCACUUCCAAUAUUGAAUUUCAGAAAUAAAUCCCAAAGAUAGUGUUCCCAGCUAAA